AAGAUAAAAAAAUUUAAAAUUUCGUGGCAAAUUUUAAAAUACAGGAAUUUCUAGUAAAAGUUCUAGGAAAUGACAUAAAAUACUGUUUAAAGGAUCAAAUCUAAGUUAAAUUAAUUGACAUAAAAUGCAUCAAAUUGUUAAAAACAUUAAUAAAUGGCGAGAAGGAAAAUUUUUUACGAACAUUGCAAUUUUAUCGAUUUUUCAUUUCAUAUCGCUUGCAUAUUCGGAAUGAGGGGUGUCUCAAUGAACAAACAAUAAGAAUAUCAUUGUGAAUGAGAGAAAGAGAAGAAGAAGAAGAAAGUCGGGUAGUGCAAUAUUAUUAUGAGUGUGUAUGACAUACAUUUUCCAAAGGAAUCUAUAAAUACAAUUAUAUAGGAAGAGAGUUCUCGUGUAUAAAAAAAAAAAAAUAAAUGUUGAUUUGUGUCAAAAUAAGGGCAAGUGUGAGUUAAAAAUAAAAAAUUUCCGAACAUAUAGAAAUGAUAUCGAACCAACAACAGCAACAUCAACAAUCAUCAUCAAGUAACAUAGACGUGAGCAAUAACACACUGUUAGUGCAAAGUGGCUCAGCCGAAGAAAUAAAUUUUACUGCAUUCAUUGACUUGUGUCGAUUUUGUUCCAUUAAGUUUGGUCCGCGACUUAAUUUAUUUGACAAAGAGGCUGAGCAGAGACAGUUGUUGUUUAAAAUUCGCACAAUUUUGCCCGUUUCGAUAUCAAAAGAGGACUUUUUACCAAAAAAAGUUUGCGAACGUUGUGUAAAUAAAAUUGAACAGUUCUUUGAAUGGCGAACGACUUGUGUACAGACGGAAAAUAUUUUUAAAAAUUAUGCAGAAUCAAUGCGGAACGUAACGGCAACAAUAAACUUUCAAGACGGUACGGUAAAUAUUGACAAAAUGACACCGGCCCAACGACAUGCCUAUAUUGAGGCUCACAUGACAGUCCAACAGCACAUAGCACAAGCAAAUUUGCAAAUUCAACAGCAGCAACAACAACAGCAGCAGCAACAACAACAACAACAAACGACACAGGGAUCCCAAAGACAUCAAGUAAUUAAAGAAAAUGAUCAACAACAUCAUCAAACGUCACAAGCACCUCCACCGUCAUCAACACAUCACCUUUAUACGACAAAUAUUAAAAUUCCACAAAUAACGUCGAGUUUAGCGAGUUCAUCGACAACAUCAACGUAUACGACAGUACAAGAUGAUGGAUUACAAGCAUUAGGCUACGAAAGUGGACUGAGAGGACAUGCAGCUAUACAAUGGCCAGCAGACAUCCCACCAAACAUACCAAGACCAAAUCUAAUUCCAUUCACUGAGCCAUAUGUUGAAGGUGGUAGUUUAAAUCCAAAUACAAGAUUAUUAAAUCAUCAUCUCACAAAAUCUCAUUCACAUACGACAUCAUCGAGUUCGCGGAAGAGUCGAUCGACAAAUAAUAACACAAGUAAUACGCCAAAGGCAUUCGAGUGUACGGUUUGCGGAAAAGGAUUAGCGAGAAAGGAUAAAUUGACGAUUCAUAUGAGAAUACAUACAGGGGAAAAGCCAUAUAUCUGUGAAAUUUGUGACAAGGCAUUUGCUCGGAGAGAUAAGCUUGUUAUUCACAUGAACAAAUUUAAGCACGUAACGCCAACAAAUAUAGCUCCAUUAGGUAAACGCCACAACAACCUAGCCAAUCUGAUCAAGAAAGAAGAACAGACUCAAAAGCCAGCUGUAAUAAUAUCUCACGAAACCAAAGUAGUAUCGGCAUCGUCAGCUACAGAACAUCAUCAACAAACUCCACAGCCAUUCCAAUUGCAUCAUCAAUUGCAAAGUCAAAGCAUUCCAUCCACCGGUUUAAAUACGAUAACGCAUACGAUAAGUUCACAGAAUCACCAACAACAUUCACAGCAGCAUUCCCAUCAGCAGCCAAAUAUAGGACAGCAAUUGUGGACUUGUGAAUUAUGCAAUCGUAUAUUGCCAACGCGAGAAGAGUGGACGGCGCACGCAAAAGCACAUAUGGAGUAUUGACACAACCAAAGUGUAAUAACGACUGUACCGACACCAACAUUAACAAUUCCUACUGUGACGUCAUCGCAUCUUUAUCAACAAACAGCUUCGAUUGAUAAUCAACAUCAGCCACAGCAAUUAAAUUACAUUAUUUUAGAUAGCAACAGUUAUAGACAAAAUUAUAUUGAGGAGGUUACACCAAUAAGAAAUGACGACUCGAUAAUCAACGCAUCGACACAGCAAACACCAAAUGCUUCAUCAUCAACAACAUCCACGGCAUCAUCGAUCGCAACGCCAGUAGUUGCAGCAAAUCAAUCCAUUUCCUCAUCGUUAACUUCCCAAUGCAUUUUAUGUCGCGAGAUUUGCGUCAAUAAAAAUGACUUGAUACAGCAUUUGCGUAAUCAUCUAGCGGAUGAUAACAAGACUUAUGUCAUUAAUUCCACUAAUUCGAAUUUAACGAUUGCUUCCGGUAUUCAAGAUCCAACCACACAAACAACAACUAUAACUGUACCCAACUCAUUGGUGGAUUUAUUAAAGUUGGACAAUAAGGAAUUGUGUGCAUAAAUG